GGGCGCCGUCAAUGGCUAGCUGCGAAAACAAAAGAGCAAGACGGACGAACGAAGCCCAGAAAGUGCGUCGGACCGCCGUGCCAUGAAGGAGAAGCCGCGAGCCGCUCGUUAAAAGUUUAGAGCCAUGAUGAGAAUACGGAGCGGAGCGGUUUUAAAGGCGGUUUGUGCAGCGCAGCCGAAGCUGCUAAAGGGCAUUGCAGGCAGGCGGCUCCACAGCACGUAUGAUGUGGCCAUUGUCGGUGCUGGCAUCGUGGGCCUGGCCUCAGCCAGAGAGCUAAUUCUAAGACAUCCGUCUCUCACCUUCGUCCUGCUAGAGAAAGAGAAAGAGCUCGCCGUACACCAGAGUGGCCACAACAGCGGAGUCGUCCACAGCGGCAUCUACUACACGCCCGGCUCGCUGAAGGCCCGGCUGUGCGUACGAGGAGCAACUUUAGCGUACGAGUACUGUGAGAAGAAAGGGAUUCCUUAUAAGAGAUGUGGAAAGCUAAUUGUUGCUGUGGAGCAGGAAGAGAUUCCCAGACUGAAAGCUCUGUACGAACGCGGCUUGAAGAACAACGUGCGCGACCUCAGCGUGGUUGAUGCCAAGGGGAUCCGAGAGCGAGAGCCGUACUGCAGGGGCAUAAUGGCCUUGGAUUCGCCCUACACUGGGAUUGUGGACUGGAGGAUGGUGGCUCUCAGGUACGGCACAGACUUUGAGGAGGCAGGCGGCGCGGUGCUUACCGAGUUCGAGGUCAGGGAUAUUUCCACGGUCAAAGAGAGCCCAGCUGGGAGCCCCGAGGGAAUGAAAUAUCCUAUCGCUAUAAGGGAUAAAAAGGGCGAUGAAGUGCGGUGUCGUUAUGUGCUGACCUGCGGGGGCCUGUACUCGGACCGCCUGUCGCAGAUAUCCGGAUGCAGUCCGGAACCAAGGAUCGUCCCCUUCAGAGGAGAUUACUUGGUCUUGAAACCGGAGAAACACUACCUGGUCAAAGGAAACAUCUACCCUGUUCCCGACCCUCGUUUCCCGUUCCUUGGUGUUCACUUCACGCCGAGGAUGGAUGGAGGCGUUUGGCUUGGCCCCAAUGCAGUCCUUGCUUUUAAACGGGAGGGGUACCGCCUAUACGACUUCAACGCCCAAGACUUUGCAGACGCCCUCUCCUUUAGAGGCCUUCAGAAGCUUAUAAUUAAGAAUCUAAGUUACGGGAUGGGGGAAAUGUACCGAGGGGUUUUCCUUGGUGCGCAGAUUAAAAUUCUGCAGAAGUAUAUCCCUGAACUCUCUCUAAAUGAUGUGCUCAGAGGCCCGACGGGAGUCCGAGCUCAGGCCCUCGACCGGGAUGGGAACCUCGUGGAUGACUUUGUGUUCGACGGCGGUGUAGGCGAUCUGGGCAGCCGGGUGCUCCACGUGCGCAACGCCCCCUCCCCAGCAGCUACCUCCUCCCUCGCCAUUGCUGAAAUGAUUGCAGACGAGGUGGAGAGCCGCUUCACGCUGUAGACGCUCGCAGCGGUCGGCGUGAUGAGACUGCAAAAGCGACGGAAAUCCAGACUGAAGUUGGAAAUUCAAACUUUACGCGUCACAGAGCCUCUUGAAGUUGCGCCUUAAUUUUGACUUUUUUUUAAAGACUUUUCUCACUGAAGUGCUCAAACAGGAAUGUUUACUCUCACAUCGCUGUAAAAAGCCCAUUUAAACCUCUACUCAACCUUUUUGGAAUGAGACGCAUCAUGGGUUACAAUUAGCAGCAAAGCUAAAUAUGAAACCGUGAAUUUUUUUUUUUUUUUUUAAACUUGUGAAAUUACUUGUUUAGAGUAUUAACUUCCAGAUAUGAAACAGAAUCUGGACGUGCCCUUUUUUAAGUUGGUUGUUUCUACCUGUUGAAUUGUGGUGCUGAUGUGCUUUCUUUAAUAGCUACAUUUGACUUGAGUAUGCUUGAGUAAUUAAAUGGAAAAAGGCAUCAAAUUUUUCUGCGCAGGAAAUGACGUUUUAUGGGGAAAGGAUGAUUCUUUGUUGUUUUCAGUUCUAAUUUCCCCAUGAUAUCAAACCUACAUGAACUGUUUGACCUUGUGAUUUUCUGUCAUUUAAAACUGUGAUCUUUUUUUAAACUUACCUCCUUUUAAAAAAAAAAAAAAAAAAAAGUUGCCCUAGUGAGUACUGCUGUAGACAUACAUGCAAGAAGAUCUGUCAGUGUUAUUUUAUUUACUUACCAACAAAUGAAUACUAAUAGAUUUUUACUCCAAAAAAAUUUUGUUUUUUUUGGAUUAACUGAAUGUGCAUGAAGUUCUGAUGCUUGUGCCAUUGUCACUUUUUUACACUAAUAAAGGCACUGGGCAAAUAUACAUGAUGCAGAGAGAUUAAAAGAUAUAUUUUUCAAUCGAUUAACUUUUUAUAAAAAAUACAAAGUUUUUGAUUGGGGCUUUGCUGAAAAAUGUGCUAAUUCUCGUUUGCGUGCUUUGGGUUGAUGACAUCACAAGAGGUGCAAUAACUGGUGCAUCAUCCCCAAGCUGUGAUGGAUGCUGGCGUAGGUGGCAAAGCUGAACAAAACCAUGAUAACAAUGAGUGUCUUCAAAUGUAACUGGUACAAAUCUGUUUAUUUUCCUGGUUGUUGUUUUUUUUCUGAUUUGUUAACAUACAAAUUAACGAACUGUAUAAUUAGUAAAUGGAGUCCUUUGCUUGUAUCACCUGUUAUGUUUUUUGUCAGUACAGCUGCAGUGCACACAGUCUGAACUCACUACUGCAUCUUAACAAAACAGCUGUUUUAGACUAAUAGGCAAUUUGAGUUUUUCUUCUUCUUUCCACUAGUGUUGACUAGAAAGAUGAAGUUAAUGGUUGUAUUGUGGGUGCAUACAUGAUAGGGCUUGCAUUUCUGGGUCAUUCAAAGUCAGAAAUGGGUUCAGGUGAUCUAGCAGAUCUACAGGAAAGUGUUUAGGAUCUUUUAAUCAUCCUACUCUAAUCCAUCAGCCAGACCUUGUGGUAUUUAUUGCAACUUGGGUUGUAAUGAUUGCUGUAGAACUUUGAUCAUUAAACGUGGCCAUUCAAGUC